AUGACAUGUUCAAAGUUAUUUUCAGGAGAUUUACCUGAAUUAAUAAACGAAAUUAUAGAAUAUUUUCAUGAUGAUUUCAAAACAUUACAUUCAUGUAUAUUAGUUAAUAGAUUAUGGUGUCGUCUGGCAAUUCCAUUAUUAUGGAAGGAUCCAUUUUCAAUUCUUACUGAAAAUUAUAAUUUUAUUGAAAUUUAUUUACAUUAUUUGAAAGAUGAUGAUGAAAAAAAAUUAAAUGAAUAUAUAAUCCGUAAUGAUCUAUUUUCUUCAAACACAUUGUUUAAUUAUCCUAGUUUUAUUCAACAUUUAGACACAUGUAAGAUCAAUUACGCGAUUAAUAAGUGGAUUACAACUUUUGAAACUUCAAAAACUGAAACACCAAAUUCAGGUUAUUUUAUACAAAAUACGAAGAAGUUAUUACUUUCACAAACGCCCAACUUUACAAAAUUAAUUCAUAGAUUAUUAUUUCAAAUAUUCAUUGAAAAUGAAGUAAUUUUGAAUAGUUUUGAAAUUAUGUUGUUUAAUAGUACAGGAUUUGAAUAUUUUGAUGAGAUUUUACAAUUAAUAUUACAAAAUCCUAAAUUCAUUUAUAAUAUUAAAAAUUUUAAAAUUGAUUUGGAUAAAGAAACUGAUAGCGUAACAAGAUUUUCAAAUUUUCUUUACUCUAAUUGUGAGUCAAUUUCAUCACUUUAUUUUCAAUUUAGUUCAGAUGAUUCAGAUCCAGAUUCAGAUUUAGAUGAAAAUGAUGAUAUUCAUCCAGUUACUGAAAAAUGUUUGUCAUUAUCACAAAUAAUUCAAUCUCAAAAAAAUCUUAAAAAGAUUUUAAUUGGUUAUAAUUUCCCCUUACACCAUUCACUAUUAUCAUUAAAAAAUCCUUAUUGUUCAAAUACAUUAAACACAAUCAUAUUUUAUUAUGUUGAUUUUAAUAAUAUUACUGUUUUAACUGAAGUAUUCAAUCAAUUGAAUGUUUUAGAAUCAAUUCAUAUUAUUUAUUGUUUUUCUCUAGAUUCUAAAUUUAUUCAACAGAUUAUCAACAUUACUAAAUCAUUUAAAUUAAAAUCUUUAUUUUUGAAUGAAAUUGAUGAUGAUGAUUUAUUGGAACCGUUAAUACAAAAGUCGGGAAAUUAUUUAGAAAAUUUUGGAAUUGUAAAUAAUGAAUCAGGACCAUUAUUACAACAAUUAUUACAAUUAAUUAUAAAAUAUUGUAAUAAAAUUAAAUAUUUGGGUCGUAUUAGGUUUUCUAAUGAGAAUACUCAUCUAAUAAUUAAUUUGAUUGAAAAUAUUUCACAAAAUCUUAGUUACCUUACAAUUGAUGCAUUUUGUUUAAGUUACCUUGAAAAUAAUCUUAAUGAUAGUAUUAAAAUUAGUUCAAUUAUAUUACAAAAUUUAGGACAAAUUCUUCCUUUUAAAUUAGAAUAUUUACAUUUGAUUCUUAAUUCAAUUGAUGAAAAUGAUUUAAAAAUAUUCUUAAAAAAUUUUCAAAAUACUUUUGUUAAAAAAUUAUUAAUCAAACAUAAAAAGAAUGAUGAUAAAUGUAAGAGUAUUUAUUCUUAUAUGGAAGAAUUUAUUAUGAAAAAGAAAAGAGUUAAAUAUUUUGCUUUUACAGAAACUUAUUUUGGAGUUAUUAAUGAUUUUUUUACUUGUGAAGAUAAAGUAAAGAAAUAUGAAUCAUAUGAUAUUCAAGUUUUAAAUUAUAGAGAUUCAUUUAUUAGUAAUAUUUAUGAUUUUAUAAAUGAAAUUGAUUAA